ACUCAUCAGUGAACAUCAUCUUCGAAGCAAACUCGUCAGUGAACAUUAUCUUUGAAGCAAACUCAUUAGUGAACAUUAUCUUCGAAGCAAACUUCGAAGCAGACUCAUCAGUGAAAAUUAUCUUUGAAGCAAACUCAUGAGUGAACAUUAUCUUUGACGAAAACUCAUUAGUGAACAUUAUCUUUGAAGUAAACUUCGAAACAAACUCAUCAGUGAACAUUAUCUUUGAAGCAAAACUCAUCAGUGUUGUAAGAAUCAAUUCUUUCUUAUUGCAGAACGUGGUUUGGUUUUAACAACUGUUGGCAAGGACCAGAAUGGAUUCAUUAUUCUUCCAUUCUAUCCUGGGUACGAGACUUUCGGCGACCGAGUUGCUAGAUUUUCAAUUUUAGACGGAAUGCUUGUUCUCGAUUUUGACGUAGAAUUUAGAAGUAAAGAAUUUUAUAUGUACGAGUACCGUCAAUCGUCAAUAAUAGUUGGCAGUGGAUACAACAAAGACCUCAAUUUUACAGACAGUAAAUUUAAUUCUCUACACGUGGGCGUGUCUAAAGGUACCGUACAGUUAGCAGUCGAUUGGCUGUCACACACCGUGUACUGGAAUGACCCCUUGUUUAGAUGGAUUGUAGCAGUACCAGGGGGAAAGCAGAAAUUAGACAAAGACUAUUACAAAAUAAUUGUUGAUGAUCAUCUCGAUGGUCCUAGCGGUAUUGCACUGGAUCCGUUGAAAGGAUACCUAUUCUGGUCAGACAGUGGAAGACAUCCGAAAAUCGAGCGCUCAGAUCUGAAGGGGAACAACAGACACACAUUAAUAACCAAACACUUGGUGUCUCCACUGUCAAUGGAAGCAGACAUAUUUGGCAAAAGAAUUUACUGGACUGAUACAUACACACACUCUCUUCUCUCGGCAACAUACAAUGGAAAAGAUAUGAGAAUGAUAGCAAGCGUACCGAAUUCUGUUCUGUUUGAUUUAGCUAUUUACAAGGACGUCGUCUACGUUACUGACAUUCGCAAUGCCAACUUAUACACAUUUAAUAAAACAACUGGCCGAUUAGAAGUAACUGUAAAGCUUAGUACUCCAGGACAAGAAAUUUUUGGUGUAACCGUUUAUGGAGAACACAACCAACCUCUUAAAGACACAGACUAUUGUGGUAAUGAAAAUUGUGAACAGCUUUGUAUAUCUGAAGAAAAUAAUGCCACGUGUAUAUGUUCCGAGGGGUAUGAGAAAAACGCAACUACCGGAGCAUGUCAGGAUUCAUAUGCCGAAUUCCAUAAAGCUAUUGUAAUUGCAAAUGCUACUCAUAUUUGCAUGCUUGACAUUCGAUAUUUUGCCAACUCUACCUACGAUGUGGUUUGUAGGUACACAGUCAUUGGACCACUUACAUCAACAGUAGCCCCAGAUUCAUCAACACAACCAGCACCAACAGCAUCACCUAAUGAAUUGAUCAAGAAGUUUGAUCUGGACAUUAGCAACAGAAUGGUCAUUUUUGCCACUGCGGACAACAAAAUAUACAAAAGACCAGCGGAUUUGCCGAUAGAAAACGAUGCUAAAGAAUUAAUUAUUCAAGCGUCUGGAAAUAUAAGCGGCAUGGCUUAUGAUACCUAUUAUUCUGAAAACUUAUACUGGUCCGAGUCGGACACUGGCAACAUUUGGCUCGUGGAUGUCGAUACAAAGACUGUAAAGAGAAUUUCAAUUGAAAAUUCUGUAACCCUUGUUAAUCCGAGAGAUACCAUUCUUCUUCCAACAUUAAGACGACUGGCAUGGGUGGAAGGCAAUCAAGGUGAUGUAUCUCUUCAAACAAUGACCAUUGAUGGAAUGGAUCGUCGUACAGUUGUUUCUGGAUUAUCUGAAAUAACUUCCCUUGUCUACGAUAAUGAGGCACGGUUAUUUUACUUUUUAUCGAACGGAACUCUGCACCGGACGACUCUAAAUGGGUCUGAGCAAAUUUCAAGUGUAGAAGACCAAAAGGCAUAUUUGCUUGUCCAAUAUAAGAAAUAUUUAGCUUGGAUUUACAUUCACCCUUUAUACGGUAAUAUCUGGAAUUCCAUAUACAAUGGGGCAACUCAGAAUAAUCACACUUUUAAUACCACGUCGCCAUUUGUUGACAUGAAGGUGCUGGAUAUAAAACCAUAUCUGCCUGAAACAGCAAGUCCAUGCGCAUAUAUGAAUGGCGGCUGUGAACAGAUCUGCAUACCUAAAUAUACUGGUGAUAUGAUGGUCAAAGUUUGUGAAUGUAGUAUUGGCUUUAAGCUUGACCCUGACAAAGUCAGCUGUCGUUCAGAUGUUGUCAAGGACAACUUUAUUUUAGUGUCAGACUGGACCCAUAAUGCUUUACGUCAGAUUGAUCUACAAACAAAUGAAAUUAAUUCGAUAAUGAACAGAGAACAUACCGCCUACAUGGGGGUUUAUUUUGAUUCGAACUCAAAGAGAAUUAUAUGGUCAGAAUACUUCAGGAGUGAGAUUUUCAGCUCAGAAUUGGACGGCAGUGAUCAAAAGAUAAUCGGUGAUUUAGGUAAUUCCUUUCCUUACCGAAUGGACAAGGACUUGACAACUGGAAACCUGUAUUACACAACUACAUCUCAUUCCCAUUCUCAUAUUGGCUUACUGACACCUUCUGGAGUAAAUAUUUGGCUAAAGCGGGAUAUUACUAAAGAGACACUUGGAGACAUUGUUGUUCAUCCAGGGAAAGGCUGGAUGUUUUACAUAGUACUUCACGCUAUAUCCUACAUAGCACGUGCAAAUAUGGAUGGGACAAAUGAACUGAAGAUUAUAGUCGGGGACAAUGUCACUAACCCAGACGGUUUAGCCAUUGACUUUACCCGUGAUCAUCUGUACUGGUCAGAUGCCACCCACGAUACUAUACAACGUUGUAAUCUUGAUGGUGAAGAAUGCUUGACAAUAGUUAAUGAGACAGAUUCACGGAAACAAGAGGAAAUCAAAGACCUGGUUACAGAUGGAACUUAUCUGUAUUAUUCUGCCUACAGGAACGACCAUGUUGUUCGAAUAAACUUGACGAAACCCGAUAUCAGGACCAUAAUAGCUCAAAGCCCUGGACUUGGAAAAAUUGACACAAUGGCUUUGCACAGAAGUUCAGAUAUGAAUAUACAACCAGUGAACCAAGCUUGCCGAGCUCGUGGUGGGCUUGGAGACUGUAGCUCAAUAUGUCUCCCAACCAACACUGGCAAGAGAUGUGCUUGCAGAGGGAAUAUGCCACUUAAACUGGACGACAGGACUUGUUCCAAUAUUUACCAGUGCUCAGAUGUAAUUCGUCAGGAGGCCCAAACUGCAACAGGAAGAGAAAAUAUUAAUAUAGUUAUUGAGAAAGAUUGUCAUCGUCACCUCAACGAUACGUGCAAGUACCGUUGCCCAACCUUUUACGGUCAUGACAUCAAGGUAAUCAAAGGGACAACAACGGUAACCUGCACUAAUGUUGGAUGGGAUAAAGAAAUGGCUCCGCUUUGUAAAGAAUUAGUAUGUUCGGACAGCUCUCUUACAAACGGAAACAUAGUUGGAAAUUGUAGUCGGAGGAUUUAUGAUACAUGUACGUACAAGUGUGAACAAGGUUACACAGGUAAAACAGAUGUGGUGUUUUGCAACAGAAAUAUGAAAUGGACACCACACGAACCUUGUACUGUGACUACAACCCUGGCACAAGAACAGAAAGGUUUACCGGUGGCUGGAGUUACUAUCGGCAUAGUGUUUCUCGUCCUCGUAAUUAUCGCCCUUGUUAUCGUCAUUGUCUACCUGGUUCGGAGAGGUGUCAGCCAAUACUCUGCGUCGGCGAAUUAUGGCUAUAAGGCGAAGUUUCACAAAGGACAAGACGGAAGUAUUGCCAUUGAGAAUCCUGCGUAUCUACCGAGUGACACGCCUACCACUGGCGAGAGGGAUGAACAUCCAUACUCGACAGUAGAUUCAAGGCGAGGCGGAUAUGAAACACUCCAAGAGGAGGCACACGUUGAAGUAACCCGUGACGUAUGAAUCAUGGAUCAAAGCAAGGGAAACGGAGCGGCAGAAAAGAACUGAAGUGAUAUCAUGUUACUUUUUAAAAAUUAACAGCAUACAUGUACUAUAAUAUUUCCCCUAGUAAUAUAAAUUAAAUUUUAUGUGCUUGAGUGACAAUUAUAUAGACAUGAAAUAUAUAAAACCCCUAUUUUUAUACCUUUUAUUUGUAAUUUAAUCCCAUUUGACAACAUCGUUUUAGUAUAUAUGUUGAGAAAACAGAUGAAAAAAUAACUGUGCCAGUGUGUGCCUGAAAGUUAACUGUUUUGUUUCUUGUGAAAUCAAACGUAAAUAAUAAUGACAUGUUUAGAAGCUUGCUAUACAAGGUUAGUAUACGAGUGUAAGAAAACUACUGAAAGUCGAACUCGGGCGAUCCAGCGAUUUUUUAUUCACGAGUCUACUCGCCUAAUACUGCGGGUUACUAUACGUGUGAUUCUUUCACAAUGGUCUUAAGAUAUACUCUGAAUGAGAAAACGCAUCUAUAUUUUUUUAAAUUUUUUUACUUCUGAUAAUGAAUUUUAUUCGGAACAAAAACUGUACGCGAAUGUCCUAGUCUUAUACAACUUUGAAUUUAUUAUGCUAAUAUUGUGGUAAUAUCUGUAGAAUGCAUAAAUUAAUCUGACAUAAUUUUAAAUUAGGGCCGGUAUCUUCUGGUGAGAAUGUUUUUAAAUCUCCCACAAUAUACAUAGAGGGAGAAUUUAGCUAACCCCACCUUAAGGUGACUUUUGACAAAUUGGUAAAAAGCUGUAAAUUGUUUAGAAAGGGUCGCGCAAGAAUUAUUUACGAUACUUUUUUAGAUGUCAUCAGGUCGUCAUGUUUUUUACGAACCAGAUAAAAGAUCAUUCUAAGUAAAAAUUGGGCUAACAGUUUCUGAAAGAUUCCACUAUAUGCAAAGAGGGAAAAGUGUCCACGCCCGCUGUUUUUUUUUGUUGUUGUUGUUGUUGUUUAUCUAUUGAAUCAGAAAAAAAUGAAACAAUCUUGGUAUCUUAGAAUCAAUUAUAUGAAUUUUUUUUCAAACUGCAAAAAGAGCUGUAAGUGUAUCACUAAAUACAUAUGAGCCGCUCCAUGAGAAAGCCAACAUAGUGCGUCUGCGACCAGCAUGGAUGCAGACCAGCCUGCGCAACGCGCAGUCUGGUCAGGAUCCAUGCUGUUCGCUAACGUUUUCUCUAAUUGCAAUAUAGGCUUUGAAAACGAACAGCAUGGAUCCUGACUAGACUUCGCGGAUGCGCAGGCUAGUCUGGAUCAGUGCUGGUCGCAAAUGCACUAUGUUGGUUUUCUAAUGGCGCGGCUCAAUUACAGGGAAACAUUCCUGUGAUAUUGCAUGUGUAUUUUAAUAGUUUUAAUGAGAAGAUAUCGUUUGAAGAUUUCUCUAUUAUAGCUCUGGUGGUCUUGUUCUUGACGAAUCGUAUAAAUUUGAAUAACAUUAACAUUUCUGAAGGAUCACCAAAGGAACAAAUAUGUGGAAAAUUAUUUGUGCCAUCACUUUUAAAAAUAAAAGUUCCACUAUAUACUGAAAAAGGUGAUUACGUUCUCUUGUGGCAAUGCUUUUCGAGGAGUCUGAGUAAUUUUAAGAAUAUUGGCAAAGAGUCACCCUCAGUCGGUCAUGUUUUUGAUGCAUUGGAUCCUGGUAAAGUGUUAUUUAACGGUAAUUUGUGGUCAGUUAAUUAAAAUCGGCCCAGCAGGUACUAAUACAAAUAGGGAACAGUAACCAUGCCCUGUGGUAGCCAUGUUUAUGAUGAACCGGAUUAACUUUAACAAACUUUGUAGUGAGUCAUCCACUGAUUAUUUCAUUUGAAAUUAGCUAAAAUCUAUCGGCAAGAAAGAUUUUUAAAAUUUCCACAAUGUUCAGAUAGGAAAAGAGUUUGUCUAUCAUGUUUUAAAUGAAUUGGAAGAACUUGAAAAACGUAGGUAGACAGUCAACAAACGGUCAUUUGUCUGAUCUUUUUUUAACAAAAUGGGCUAGCAGUUUCUUACGGGGCUUUUUAGCUCACCUGAGCAAAAGGCUCAAGGUGAGCUUUUGUGUCCUUCGUCCGUCGUGUGCAUGCGUCGUGUGUCAACAAUUUCUAAAAAAAAAUCUGCUUCUUCAAAACCACUGGGCAGAUGUACUUCAAACUUCACAGAAAUGAUCCUUGGGUGGCCCCCUUUCAAAAUUGCCCCAAAUCGGCACCCCAAAGGAAAAUCUUUAAAAAUCUUCUUGUCAGAAACUGUUAGCCGGAUUUCAAAACUAUUUUAUAGAAAUUAUCUCUGGUGACCCUCUACCAAAAUUACUUAGCAAUUCUGUGUCGGUAGAAAACAUGGCUGCCAGGGGGCGGGGCUUAUUUUCCCUAUAUGUCUUUAUUGUAAAUUUCAAAAAUCUUCUUCAAAACCACUGGGCAUAUUUAUACUAAACUUCACAGAAAUGAUCCUUGGGUGGGCCCCUAUCAAAAUUGCCCACAGAAUUGAAAUCCAUGCAGAACUGGUUGCCAUGGCAACCGAAAGGAAAAACUUUAAAAAUCUUCUUGUCCGAAACGACAGUAGCAAGGUAUGUGGCAUCUUCUAAUGGUCCUCUACCAAGUUAUUUCCGCUCUGGGGGGUCAUAUGGUUUACAAAGACUUACCGGUAUAUAGGAGAAACUUUGAAAAUAUUCUUGUCCAAAACCAUAGGGCUUAGGGCUUUGAUAUUUUGUAUGUAACAUCAACUAGUGGUCCUCUACUAAGAAUGUUCAAAUUAUUCUUCUAGGGUUAAAUAUGGCACCGCCCCGCGGGUCACAUGGUCAAUUUAGAUUUAUAUAGGGAAAAAAUUGAAAACCUUCUUGUCCAAAACCACGGGGCCUGGGGCUUUGAUAUUUGGUAUGUAGCAUCAUCAAAUAGUCCUCUUUCAUUUUUUUUUUUCAAAUUAUCCAGCAAGAGUCAAGUAUCGCCUCACCCCAGGGGUCACAUGAUUAAUAUAGACUUAUAUAGCCAAAAGCUUUGAAAAUCUUCUUGUUCAAAACCGCAGGGUCAAGGGCUUUGAUAUUUGGUAUGUAGCAUCAUCUAUUGGUCCUUCACCAAGUUUGUUCAAAUCAUCACCCAUUGGGUCAAAUAUUGCCCCGCCCAGGCCCGGGCCACAUGGUUUAUAUAGACUUGUAUAGGAAAAAAAGUUAGAAAUUUUCUUGUCUGAAACCAUCAACCUAGGCCUUUGAUAUUUUGUUUGUAGCAUUGCUUUAUGGUUCUCUACCAAGGUUGUUCAAAUUUUUACCCUGGGGUGAAAAGAGGCCAUGCCCUGGGGGUCCAUAGUUUUAUAUAUAAUUAUAUAGGAAAAAAACUUCAUACAUCUUGUUGUCUGAAACUGGAAGGCCUAGGCUUUUGAUAUUUGAUUUGUUGCAUUGCCUAGUGGUCCUCUACCAAGAUGGCCAAAAUACCACAUAUGCCCCUUAGUUUAAAAGAGGCCCCACCCAGGGUGUCCCAAGUUUUACAUAGACUUUAUAAGAAAAAAAUUAAAAAGAUCUUCUUGUCUGAAAGUUCAAGGCCUAGGCCUUUGAUAUUUGCUAUGUGUCGUUGCCUAGUUGAUUUCUAACAACAAUGUUCGAAUUAUGCCCUUGGGGAGAAAAGAGGCGCCGCCCCGGGGGUCACAUAUUAUAUGAGUUAUAAAGGAAAAAAAUACUUCAAAAAUUAUCAGAUCAUAUUUCUAAGACUGUUUAAUUAUAAUUACCUGAUGAUUCCAAGUAAUUAGGAUCACCUGAAUGUCUUGACCUACUUUUAUUUUAAGAUACAGCCUUGAAAUUUGGAUGACAUGUACAGUUUUGCAUACCGAUCUUAAAACGGACUUUCUGUGACCAUGAAUGAGACCUACUGACCCACUUUUUUGUUUUUUUAAGAUUCAGCCUUGAAAUUUGGAUGACAUGUACAGUUUUGCACACCAGUCUUUAAAACGGACUUUCAGUGACCAUGAAUGUGACCUGCUGACCUACUUUCUUGUUUUUUAAGAUACAGAUUAGAAAUGCGGAUGACAUGUACAGUUUUGCACUGACUUUCAGUGACCAUGAAUGUGACCUAGUGACCUACUUUCUUAAUAUUUUAGCAUCAGUUUAACAUUUGAUACAUGUAGCUCAUAUAACUCAGGUGAGCGAUCCGGGGUAAUUAUGACCCUCUUGUGUUUUCAAUUUUCCUAUAUAACCACCCCAGACCCAGCUGAAUCUUAAUGAUUGUAAUAGAGAGUAAAGUAAGCAACAUUUCUAUUACAUUAUUUUGAAAUCGGCGCAGUGGCUUGUAAGGUGAUGUCGUGUUCUUAGCUUUGGUGGUCCUAUGUGCAACCAAGCGAGAUCAUUUGGAAGACAGUCAUUAAACAGCAUCCUCAUCUGAGCACUAUUUCAUGCUCACGUGAGCAAAUAAAAGGAUAUUUUUCAGCAAAUUUGUUUCUGUUAGGCAUUAUUUUAAUAUGAAAUUAUACUCAGUGUGUAGUCAGCCUUCACAUUUAUUUUCAUCGGAUAAUUUUGAUAAUAUUUGAACGUUUAAGUUACCAAAUUUUCAGAAUGGACUACUAUUGCAUUUAGCAUGUAGUUCAGUAUCAACUAGUGUGCUUUCUUUAUAAAUAAAAGUAUUGCAUUGUGUUUUAUUAUAAUGUAUUAAAUUGGAUGGUUUAUCAAAAGAUAAAACUCACUUAAACGUUUAGAUUUCAUUGGUUAAUGUAAUGCAAAACUCAAGUAAUGUUUGUUUCUAACAGCAAUGUUACUUUUUUCUCAAGAGUCGUCGUAACAGUUACUUAAAGCAGUCUUUUGUAUCGUUUGAUUGUUUGUAAAAAUGGUCGAAAUAACUCUUUGAGCUUCUUUACUUAUAAUCGUCCAGAUAUUUUGUUAUCGCUUUCUAAUCAGUGCUUUAGUUGUAGUCCUCAAACAAUUACGGAACAAUAUAUGAGCUGCACCAUGAGAAAACCAACAUAGUGGGUUUGCGACCAGCAUGGAUCCAGUCCAGCCUGCGCAUCUGCGCAGUCUGGUCAGGAUCCAUGCUGUUCGCCUUCAAAGCCUAUUGCAAUUAGAGAAACUGUUAGCGAACAGCAUGGAUCCUGACGCGGAUGCGCAGGCUGGUCUGAAUCCAUGCUGGCCGCAAACCCACUAUGUUGGUUUUCUCAUGGCGCGGCUCAUAUAUUUUUACUCUAAUAGUUUCUGUCGUUUGUGUGGCAGUAAUAAGUAAGUUCGGUCAAUCUAAUUUAUUGUUGAAUGCGAAAUAUUCGGAAAUUGACUUUUGAUUUAUUCAUUGUUUUGAUUAUUGUAACCAUUUUUUAUCUGCAAGUCUUGUAAAACAAGUAGGAUAGCGAUUAGUAAUUAGGACGAAACAGUCAAAAGAAUCACUUAAAUAUCUGGUGAAUCUGUGUUUUAUUAUUUCAAUGUAUUGUGUCUUUUGUUAUCAAUUUAUAUAUUGAAUUGGUCGGAUAAGUAUAUAUUGUUGUUUUUAUUUUAAACAAAGAUUAGUUUUUUGUUCUGCAAUUUUAUUUCUAUCCUAAUAGGUGUAAUAUCCGUACGUAUUGAAUGUUGGCACUUCUUUAGAAAACUGACGGUCUGGCACUAUUUUCUGUUAUGUUACUUUUCUUUCUAAAUUGUAAUCGUUUAAGCAUAUUGUUCUGUUGUCCAGUUUUCAUCUAACUGUUUCAAUGUAUGGUAUAGAAAUAUAAGUGUUGAAAAUAAAUUAUUUUCAAUGAUA